CCGCCUAUUCUAGCCCCACCCAUUUCACCCCUCGCCGCCACAUAUUCCAUAUUGCUUCACUGCAUGACUAAGAGCACUAGACCAGAGAUAAAAAUCAGUAUAGAGGAAUUUGGAGGGAAAGAAAGAACGCCAUAAUGUCGGUGGACGUAGUCAUCCCCACCGCCGCAAACCCUUCUGCUGGACAACAAGAUCCAGUGAAUAUAACACUAGCUGAGACCGAGCAGCAACUCCAAGAAGGGACAAUGGAAAAGAUAAGAGGCAGCACUAAUGAUCAGGUUUUAAGCGUCUGGACUGGUCAUACUAUAGACACAGCUAUGGAUGAAGAUUAUGAUAGUCUGUACAGCAGUAGAAAGCCAUCAGCUGUAAGCUCAGUAGACGAUCACCUCCAAGAGGAAAUUAUUAAACAGCAAAAAGAAGCCUACACUUGUCAUGGCAACCAGGGUGCUAUAGUGUCGGCAGGAGAGAGGGACACUUCCUAUUGCGAUGUGUUUAGAGCAGCCACAGUUCUCCUUAAUGGCAUCACUGAAGAUAAUAAGAGGAAGACCAGCGAUCCAUUACUGGCUAGAAGAAGCAAUGAGAACAGAAACAAUGUCCUUGACAAGCAAAGGUGUCACUCCGACUGUACGGGGGUGAGUCCCCUCGUCAUUGUCACGGCAACCAACAGGAGUACCCUAACGGACGACAAUUCGUCUGCUGUGGGCGGAGAUUCGGGGAUUGUUGAAUGUACGUCGAGUUGUCAUGGUAACGAAGUGUUAAACGAAACAAGAAAUAGAUAUAGUCAUUCAUCUUUAGCAAGUACUUCAGAUAAUGUUCUCUUAUCACCAAGCCGCACCCAGUCAAGCCAUACCCAGUCCAUUUCAAGCCACACUCACAGCCGCUCAUCAUUAGACCACGCCCGUUCUUCGAAAAGUAAUCCCCACUCCAAUGGAAUGACUAGAACAGCUAGUUUAGAUGAGGGGGCUCUCACUUAUUUCAGUAAAUCGAAAGAGACAAGUAAUACCAAAGGCAGAAGAGGUAAACUGACCAAACACUUGAGUCUAUCCAGCAUGGGAGGGUCCAGCGACUGUACCAUUAGCUCUCUCUUUGAUCAAUCAUCUUCUUACUCAAUGGCUUCAGAACUUCUCUCUUCUCUUGGUUUCGGUGAUUUCGAUUCACCACAGUUGAUUCCUGAUCGCUUCAUCCCGCAUAACGCUGAAUCAGCAAAACCUUCUAAAAUGUACGAACAGACUUUAUUGGGUAUUUAUUCAUCAGGGGGUGCACCAAGGGGCGGGGCUUUAGAAGAGGUAGCAUGUUCAGUAACUAGUAACGAACCGCAAAAAGAAUUUAUAGAACAACAGAGCGCAUUAGUGGGCGGAGACUCACUGAGAGAAGUAGACCUUCCUUUAGGUGCUACUGCUGAUAACUUCAUAUCAACUAAACGUGUCACAACUCCACCUGUUUCGCCAUCACCUCCUUCCUCCCCUACUGAACUAAACCACACCCUCUUAUACUCCCAAGCCUCUCCUGAUUUAUUACUGCACAGCUACAACAGGAAACUGGAGACAGUCCCUGAAGAAACCGCCAGCGACCUCUCACCAUCGCCACGGUGGCUCUCACCUCGUGUGUCCCUGGACCAUUCGACCUAUGACGUGAGUAUGGGCCAGUUACUGGGGUCUAGUCUCAACGUGAACAGAAAGAGGUCACUGCCAAAUAGAGAUGGAUACCGUAUGUCAGUGGAUAGUAUCUUAAGUGAGCAGGAAUCAACGGUCUAUUUCUCAAUCACGUCUUACGAUGAUGACAUUGCUAGAGAGGAAAGGGAACGAGAGGAAGCUGCCAGACUUCUUUUACCGGUUGACGAAUCCUCUCAGGGCAGACGGAGACGUAAAGGAGUCCAUGGAGCUCCACCCGAACUACUAAGCUGGUUAAAGGAUCAGAGCCAUUGCGUUAAUGAUGACUACGAUGAUGAUAUACCCUGGCCUUUUAAUGAACAGGCUCAUAUCAGGCGUAGCCUAACGGAGUAUCAGUUCAAACAAAGACUGUCUCAAGGAAGCAGCAUGACGUUAGAGGAUCGGUCCCUCUCUCCUGUCGAGUGCGAGGACCCUCUCCAAGGUGUGUUCCAAAGGCGGUUUAGUAUUAACGGCCCGUUGCUAGCGCCUAAACUCGAUAGUUUAGAGGACUCGCGUAGACUUUCGCUUCCUUCCAAAUAUGGUCAUUAUAGAUCCUCUAUGCUGAGUCAGCACCCUCCUUCCAAAGGCACAGCUUUAGAGCAGACCAUAGACGAAGAGACAGGAAAUAUGAGUGGUCCUGAAUUUGGUGACGACGAUUCGGAGCAUCAAGUCAAAUCAAGCACUGAUCUUAGCACUGAAACUAACACUGAUUCUGAUCAGAAUCAACACACUAACACUGAUACUGAUCAGUAUCAAUACUCAACAAGAUUACCUCCUGGAAUGACAAGAGCUGAUGUACGAGAGUUGAAAAGAGAAGCCAAUGUACUGAAGAAGGAGCUUGAUAUUACUAAGCAGAAGUUGAGAGAUGCUGAGAGAGUGAGAGUUCUGGAGGGAGAAGAUCACCUAAAACACAUAGCGGAUAAUGAGGAGUGGCUUCGGUCAGAACUUUGGAAUAAAGAAAGAAAAUGUCGUGAACUAGAAGAGACGUUAGAAGCGUUACAGAGAAAUUACAAAAUACUCAAGCAGAAUCAGCUGAUAAGCAUUGCCAGAGGUAAAGAGGAGAUUAAGGACAUUAAAGAUAGAGAAAUAUCAGAAUUGAAACAUAAGCUAGAAGAGAAAACUCAAGAGUUUCGAGGUAAAGCGUCCAAAUUAGAAGACGAAUGUCGUCAUUUGAGAUCAAAAGAGAAUCAGCUCCUUAAGAAAGCUAACCAGCAAAACUAUAAAAUUGAGAAUGAAGAGCUUCAAAGAGAAAUCACUCGUUUGAAAGAGCAGCUGCGACAAGAAAAGCAAAUCACAGCCAGUGCCAGUAAAGAAAAGGCUAUGGAACUGAAGCAGUUAAGAACAAAGGCUCAACUAGAAAAGGAAGAAGCAUUGAAGAAUCAAAAAGAAUUUUUAACAAAGAUACAUCAAAACGAAUUGUCUUCCGUUCGACAGGCUGUUCAUCAGUUCACCGAUAAAGAAACAAAAUCUAGUGGUCGCUCUGUUUUGUUGCGCACAUCAAGUUAUUCACCAGCUGGGAAACAAGAAACCAAUAAACAGAGGCAGCAAUAUCAGAUAGAGAGAUUAGAGAGAGAAUUGCAAUGGAAAGAUGAUGAAAUAGCUGAGUUGAAAGGACAAUUGAAAGUAUUGCACAAAGAGCAUUUUGUUUUGCAGAAGGAGCUAUCAAGCAAAAGCAAAUAAUUAAUAAUAAUAAUAAUAAUAAUGAUAAUAUUCAUAGCAGCUUCAUUACGUGUGUGGCAGAUUCCAACUGUAUAUUUUGUGAAUAAAUACAAUUAUUUUUGUAAAUAUUGUUAUAUAUAAACAUUGAAAGGUCCAUGACUUCAA